AUGGCCAUGUCAUUGAUGGCGCUUUUCAAACUCCAGCAACCACCAUGCCUGAAUUGUGAUUCUAGUCGCCGUCGCCUUCCUACUGCCCCUCUUGUCGUUGUCGUCCACAUAUCCCUUCUUAUGAACUGCAUUGCGGCCGGCGAAGGUCCUGGCGGCAGAGGAUCUGGAUUCAGUCUGAAGGUGCCUAACUCCAGGCCACGGCGGAACACAUUAUCACUGCUGCUAAAUGCAUCGGGGACUUUAAGUAAAUCUUCCCUGGCAGUAACUGUGGGCCCGAACGCGAGUUCCAACACCCUGACGCACUCAAGCGCUGGCUUGAUCGGAGAUUCACUUGGUCAUGCAUGUCUACGUCGGGCUUCUGCUUCUGGCACCAUCUCUCGACGUGACUCAAACAACGAGGUAGAAUUGACUGCGCAACAUGGUCUUCUUCACAACUGGCGUACAGGCCGAAACACACCGACAGCCUCAUUUAAUUGUCAAGCCCAAUCACAACGAGAUCAAAAUUCGCAAAAUAAUAAUCACCAUCAGAGCUUAUCACGUCGUUUUGGGCUAGCAAGCGCGUCUUUGGCGUUUUUUCCCUUCCAUUCAAGCAUAAGUAGUAGGGAGCUUCGCUCCGGAAACGGAGUAGGCGGGAUACAGGCUUGUACAACAGACUUGACACAAGUUCUUGGCGUCUCUAUCUGCGUCUGUACCUGCACUGAGGAUAACAACCACCAAGCAAAUAUCACCGGUCUGGCCAGUACAGAAGUCGCUUGCAAAGUGGAUGAUAUUAAUCAGGCUGGAAAACUUAAGGAGAAUAUGAAGCAUCAGGAAGCCUUCCAAACGAUUAAUGGCCACGCUCUCGAUAGUCACGCCAGCAGUAGCUGUAUCAGAAGUAGCGCUUCUCUGAGCGACAUUCUCUGCUCCAGCUGUGGUGGUUCUCUCCUGCCUGGCGGGAGCUUGCCCAUUCAGGCCAAACCCAUGGGAUUAUCAGGCGCUAAUAAUUCAUUUUCAAGCAAUCUCAGUACCACGAUCUUCCUCACCUGCGUUUCAGGCGGCUUGAGCUCAGCAAAUGAUGCUCUUGUUUCCAAAGGUCAUGCGCAGCAGGCUGGACUCGAGGCAAGAAUUUUCAGCAUGGACAUUCGACGUUGUCGCCAUUUCUUAGACUGUGUUAUUGAGUUUAUUUCAAACAAUCUAAAUAUACAUCACUUUCUAGGGCCUUAA